AUGACGCCGUACUCUGUUACUCUCGGUCUACUCCUCCUUUUUUGCGCCUUUAUCGAAUAUGUAGACUGUCAAACAAACCCUGCUCCCACAGUGGUCAUCCCUCAAGCCACAAUUAUUGGCACUACGACCACUCUGCCGACGGCUACAGCCGCAAUCAACAAGUUCCUGGGUAUUCCAUAUGCUAUUUCGCCUCCGGACCGGUUCGAGCCGCCUGAACCAGUGGAAGAUUCAGAUGAUACAAUUCGUGCCACACAGUGGAGGGACAGAUGCUUUGAACAGACGAGUGGCUCGCCUACAGCGCCUGGGGACAACGUGGUUUCAGCCAGCGAGGACUGCCUGUACCUGAAUGUGUAUGCGCCAGCGAAUGCAACCGAUGAUGGAGAUAAAGCGGUUAUGUUUUGGAUCCCUGGCGGUGCAAUGCAGUAUGGCCACUCGGGACAACCCAUCUAUGACGGUUCUGGAUUUGCCGCAUUCCAGGAUGUGAUUUUGGUCACCAUCAACUAUCGGACGAAUAUAUUUGGGUUUUCCAAUUCCCCGGCUAUCAACGAUGACUCCAAGAACGUCGGCUUGUAUGACCAACGUCUCGCGCUUGAUUGGGUCAAAACUAACAUCGCUUCCUUCGGCGGCGAUCCCUCAAAGAUCACCAUUUUUGGCGAAUCUUCGGGCGCAUCCUCUGUUGACCGGCUCAUCACUUCACCCCCGGAUCCGGUUCCCUACCGUGCGGCAAUCUUACAGUCAGGACAGGCGUCGGUGAGCCCCAUGGAUAAUCCGGGUUUACCAAACUGGAAACAAGCCGUCGGUUAUGUCGGGUGCAAUAGGACGACAAACGAGGCAGAUGAACUGAAAUGCAUGCAAAGUAUCAAUGGUUCCCUGAUCCAUCAGGUUGUCCAAAAGCAUGCUUUAUCCUUCUUGCCCGUGAAUGAUAAUAUCACUCAACGGGCGACCCCACUUGUGGAUGCCCGCAGCAAAGAGCCAUCAGCUGAUGUUCCGACCAUCAUAGGGAGCAACUCCUAUGAAGGUUCGAUAUUGUCAGCGGCAUACUUUCAGCUCGCUAUGCAGCCUAAUGGGAGUAUAUCAUUCCCUAUUAUCGUCCAAAGUCUUACCGCAUUCACGUCGCCUGAACUUGUGGCUUCGAUCCAGGGGAACCUGGCUGCUGCUUUUGCAGAGAGUCCCAAGGCUCUGUUCUUUUACAUGGCACAAUACAUCACAUACUUACUCUUCCAGUGCCCCACGAACCUAGUCUCGCAUGCCAAUGUACAGGCUGGAAGCCCCACUUACCGAUACUAUUUCAACGCGACCUUUGCGGAUACGCAACACUUCUGGACGUUUCCUGAGCUGAACAUAACCAACAUUGGCGCCAUCCAUUCGGCGGAAAUCGGUUUAGUGUUCGGGACUUAUAGCAUCUUUGGCGGGAAUGCAACCAACGACGAGAUUGCUUUGAGUAAAUUCAUGCAGGGUUCGUGGGCGAAUUUCGCCAAGGAUCCUUUCGCUUCCGAGGCGCCCGGAUGGACUGAGGUCAACAACAAUGGAACCGCGGAUAUUGGCUGUCUGGGGUGUUCUUCGAAUCCAACCGGCGCGAGUGUGAUAUCGGAAAGUGUGGAUGCGAAUUGUUCCAGCUAUUUCCCGCUGUAUAAUAAGUCCCUUCCCCCAUAUUAG